CAUUACUUAUAAAGUAUUUAUAAGUGACCAGACGAAUUUUGUGGAUGACUAAUGUCGAGGAAAUAUUAAAUCGACGCCUCCAAAUGUAGCCAUGGCGAACGUUAGCGAACUGCGAUCAGUAUGGGAAGUGGAAAGGAAGGCUGGUGAGGAUGCAGUCGCAGGGAGGUGCACUGGUGCCACUCCAUCAACAGCCACUACAACCACCAUAACCACUACAACGACAAGCACGGCAUGGCAGAUGGAGGUUCUCAUGGAACGCCUGCGAAGCAAAGCAGGAGGCUUUCAGACCCUCGUUGAAUCAGCGAAGGGGAUCAAGCAGGCCAUUAUGAACAAACAUCACAUUCUUGAUCCCGGAGAGCGUGCAGCUUUAGGAUUGUGCCUUGACUCACUCCAGAAUAAUAUUAAAGUUUCGUCUCUGUCAGCCAUGGUAGAGCGACUGGAAGCUACUGCAAGGCAGCUUGGGUUGAAGUUCACAGCUGCGACCACGGGAUCUGAGGUGUUUGUUUCGUGUGACAUGUUCUACGUAGAGGUGUUGCUGGACCCUGAUGGCAGAGUGCGUGACGUCAAAGUUGAGCUUGCUGGGGACCAAAAUGCACGGGAAGGACAGUCGUCUCCAGAGCUAGUCGAUUGUUUGAGUCGAGGGGACUUUGCUGAUUUCACAGCUCAUUUGGAAGGAUUUUCUUCCAUUUAUCAGCUGAAUGCAGACAAGAAGAGCAAAAGUAAAGCCUUCCAGGCUCUUCAGGCCCUUGAAACUGACCUCACCAAACUAUUUGAAUUGGCGCAAGAAACCCUCACCGACCCAUAUAAUCUUGUCCUCAAGUCUCCAGUGGGACUUCUGCAGUGUCGGCGAGGUGGUCACGCCAUGCGUUUAGUUUAUUUCGUGUCCCCGUACGAACUUCUGGAUGUUGCUGCUGGGCGUUCAGUGACUCUGACGACAGACACUCUGUCUUCCUGUAACUUGUCUCACUAUGUGACAGUAAAUAUUGAUGCCUCGACGUCUCACAAACUGCAGACGACAACAUUGAUGAAUAUACAGCAGGCUAAUGGGCAAAGGUUGCCUUCGUUUUCUGGGCUCACAGCUGACAACAGCAUGACAUUACCCGGAUGUUUCUCCUUGAAAUUGAGGAGUCCUUUGCCUCUUUCUUUACCCUUGAUCAAGCGCAUUACAGAAGUCACUGGGCUGGAAUGUGCUGACCUUUCCAAUCAGCAGUCGCUGAUUUCCCUCAUUGUGGAGCAAGCGUCCGAUGGCCGGUCUGAAUGCAAUAGUAACCGGGGACUCUUUGUGACUUUGCCAGAUCAGCAACACUGCUAUUUCAUGACCAGCGCUGGUGAACUUCCAGGCGUCAUGGUUAGUUCAGUUCCGUUUACUCACCCAACACACAUAACCAGUAUCCUGAUGUGUCUUCGAGCCCAGACAGCCUUUAAUACUCUUAUUGCCUCUUGUGUUAGACCUGCCAGUAAGCAAGAUCUGGACUCUGCUUAUAUGUUUGAAGUUACGGCAGCCAGUCACGAAUAUAUCUCUGUAACUUUUGAACAUCCCCAAGAGGAAAGCACUGCCACUGCAGAAAUUGAUUUGACUGACAUCAGCAAUGCUCGCUGUCGCUUGCACACACUGACUCCAGAUCUUGGCUUCUGCUCAGAAGAAUAUGUUACAAAAGUUUUGCAGAGGUGCAUGUCCAUACCUGUCACAAUGCGUGCAGUGAUGCGGAAAGUGGCCAAAGAAGAGAGGAGAGAUACCAUCGCGAGCGGAGACUCUGCUGUUAUGAUGGGGGGUAGCAAGCUGAACUCUGACCUGAAUCAGAACACAAAAUUUAUGCUGAAUGAUUACGACAAGAUCAGUGUCCGGCGGGAUCAGUUGAUGGCUCCCCAUAUGACAAACCUGAAUAAUGUGGUUGCUAAUACAGCCUCAGGUGGUCAAAACUAUUACAAUGGGCCAUACUCGAACAGUAACCACAACACUGGUAGUGCGGAGACCAACACUAAUCCCUUGGCUGCCUUGGGAAAUGCAGUGCAAGAGGCAGGCACGCCCCUUGGAUACGGAGCGCUGCUGGGUGCGGUAAAUCAUAAAUCUGGACUUAAUCAGUCUUUUUUAGGUGAUGGUAAAACUGCAAAAGUUAGAAAGAAAAAACAGAGUGUAGAUAUUGAUAAGAAAAGUCCAAAGUUUGGGGACGAUGUCAUUGACAUCGAUGAUGGAAGCUCGGAUGCAUUUCUAGCCGAUGGUGUUGCUAGCAUGAUGGAAAAAAGACGUGAUGUGAAAUUUGAAAAGAUUCCAAAUUUUAUCAAUACCAGUAAGCGAAGAUCAUCCAGUGAUAGUGGUGCUACAGAUUUUGCAACGAGCGACCUAGCAGCGCUAAGGGAACAGGUGUAUGGUCCAGCCAGUGUUGCAAACUAUGCAAAAAUCAACUCCUAUACUCACAAGGAGAACAAGGAAGCCGUCAAGAAAGUGAAAAAGCCAAGGAUUGACGGGAGUGAUUCUCGUAAGUCGCCAAUUGUCUUGGACUUGACAGAAACGGAAGGAUCUGGGAAGAAAGUCGGUGGGAGUAGCAGUAGUCAUACGUCAUCCCUGAGUGCUGCUCUCCUUAAGAGGCCUGGCAUAGAAAUCAUUCCGAUUCCCAUAUCAAUCCCUUCCUCCAUUACUGUCACGCCUGUGGUGAAGUCUGAGGACAAAAACAAGGACAAGAAGGAUCGACGUGACAAAAAGGAUCUUGACAGGAGAGACAAGAAGCGCAAACGCGAAGAUUCUCCGAGUAGUAACAAUUCCAGCAGUACGUCUAAAGCAUCCAAAGUACAAAUAAUUAGUAGUAGCAUAAAACACUCAUCAAUAUCAUCCUUAGAAAAAUUUAAGAGUGAAAGUGGUAGUAAGUCAGGACUGUCUGGGAUCACGGUCAAACCCAGCACUCCUCCGUAUCAGUCGCCAUCUAAGAAAUCAUCUCUCUCACCCAGCAUUUCAAAGUCAGUACUUCACAAUAAAGUAUCUGUCAGUCCAACUCAUAAGCCAAAUAAAGUCAUCUAUAGCCCAAGUAAUAGCAGUAGUAGUCAGUCGUCAUCAUCAUCCUCGUCAUCUCCCAAGGAAAGGAGUAGUCCUAAGCCUUCCACUGGAAGCCCAAAGCAUUCCAACAUGUCUCCAAAACACACUAGUUUAGGUAAGCCAAGCAUGACACAGUUAAAGUCAGCAUCUCCAACUUUUUCUAAGCCAUCCCUUUCUCCAAAACUACCCAAAAGCAAAGAUAAAGAAAGAAGUUCUAGCUCAAGUCCGUCACGUCCAGCAACUUCAAGUUCUUCGUCAUCGUCUUCAAGUUCCUCUCCAAGUUCUGGCUCAAAAGCAAAAGUGUCGAGUUCAUCAUCAUGCAGUGAUAAGAUUAAAGCCAGCAUCAGUGAUGCUCUGACAAUUACCAAAGUUUCUACUGGCGAAUCCUCUUCAUCAUCAUCGUUAGCCACUUCGUUUCUUGCAAAUGCUCAACCCCAGACUGCUCCUGCUUCUCUGGAUGAUAAACCUCCAUCAUUUUCCUUGGACAAAGCAAAAGUUUCUCCUCCCAAGAAUAGAAAAGGAUCCAGCCUCUCUGAUAUUGUUGACAAAUUAAGGGCUGGUGUGGGAGGCAGUUCAGACUCUGUCACUAUUAUUGAAAAGAAUGAUAAGGAUCCAAAAGAGAUAUCAAAGUCAGGCUCAGGAGAGAAGAAAGAUGGUGACAAGAAAACUGAUUAUACAAGCAAGACCUCAAAUGUUGGCAUCAAGUUAACUAUCAAUAAAGCUAAAAUGAAGGAUGGCAAUGGUUCUAAAUCUUCAUCAUCAUCAUCUUCCUCCUCCUCCUCAUCGUCCUCAUCCUCUUCCUCCUCCUCCUCAUCAAGCUCAAAAUCAGCAAUCUCAAAAUCCUCGUCAGGAUUAAAACCAGGAGUAGCAAGUGGUCCAGCAUCGAAAAAGACCCCAUUGUUAAGCAGCUUACCCCCAAUACCAAAAUUACCUCGUUCAUCAGUGUCAAAUGUAACUGCCACUGCUGUUUCCCCUCUUGGUGCUUCAAGCUUACCUGGAGUACAUUCAAGUCCUCUGCAAUAUCAGCGGGAGAGGACCAAAGACAAGGACAGAGAUAUCAAGGAUAAGGAUAAAGACAAAGAUCGAGCUGGUUCUGGUGAUCGGAGUAAGGCCAAAGAAUCGUCACCCGGAAAAUACCUUUCAAAUAACAGCUCAUUAGAUAUGAAAAAAUUAGGUCAGAAUAAAUCCUCUCUUCCUAAACAGCCAUCAAAAGAGGACCACAUCCAGAACCAAAGAAAACUGGAUGUAGAUAAUCCAGAGAAGGUUGCUAAAUCAGUGUUUCAGUCUGACAUGGAUGGGGAAAAAAAGGAGAAGUUAGGCCCAACAAAGGCAGAAGCAGAUUCUACGUUGAAUUCCUUCCUCGAUUCUUCGACACCUGGAAGGAAUCUAGAAAACUCUUCAGAUAAAGGAAACUCAGGGAUUCACAAUUCAUUAUUAGGUAUCAAUAAACUGUCUUCAACAGGGACAGGUUCAUCCAUCUCGCCAACAGUUAACUCGACAGGUUCUGGAGAGGUGCGACCCAGGGAUAUUUACCCACAACAGCAAUACAAACCUAACAAAGAUACCAAAGAUGAAGGGAAAGGGAAAACAGAAAUGGUUCCUCCUCGCCCUCCAGUUACUUCUGGCAUCAGUGGUUCAAAUGCCUCUGUUUUUGAUCACACAGCUGACCUUAACACAACGCCGGUUGUCUCUUCCACAACAGCAAGCUCUAGUCCAAGCACAGCUAUGUCAGCCCGCCAGCCCCUAAUGCACCCACCGCCCUCAAAGUCUCUGGACAGUAAAGAUCAAAGUAACAAUGCUUCCUUAGAUCACGUUGAGAAAUCGCCGUCUGUUUCCAUCAAGAUAGUGAAAUCUCCAGCCCCUGUGGCCUCUCCUCUUAGCAUGAUUUCUCCCCACUCUGUUGCUUCUCAACCAUCUCCUUGUAUUAUAGACGACGAUUUAAUGGACGAAGCCCUGAUGGGGACUCGUAAGUAAUGAACUGUCGAAGGAUUUGUAAAUUUUUUUUUCUACUAUAUACAUCAAUUUGUACAAAGCAGUGAAGUUUAGAUAUUGUUAUGGAUAAGCUAUAUAAAUAUAUAUAUAUAAGGUAAUUUAUUGGGUUAGACUUUUAUUAUGUGCAAGUUUUUCUUUUGUAUGAGAAAUGUAUUUGUAUUUUUUUUAAUUGUCUUUCUGAACAUCUUGUUUAUUGGUUUGAAGGGGAUCAGUUUUGCCAUUGCUGAGAGAGAGAGAGAAUUAAUGGACUGAAGGGGUUGCUGUUAUGUAUGUAAAUAUCCAACUUAACAAUAGCAAAGUAAUUUUCUUUAGCAUUGCAAUAUUUAUACAGCGAUACUAUAUAUAUGUGCUAAGGUUAUGACUGUGUAACUGAAGUUUGUACAUUGGUUUGUUUUGAAAGGUUUGAAUGAGCAAAAGAAAAUUAUGAGAUAAGCAUCUCACUUCCGACUGGCUUUGCAAGUGAGUGUUCAUCUAAUUUGAGAUGUUUCUGAUCAUUUUGCACAAUGAUCACCCCUCAGAAGGCUUAACUUUGUGUUAUUAAAUGUUUAAUAUCGAA